UGCGUGCCGCGGGGGAUGCCGGGAGCGCGCAUUGGCGGCAGCGGCAGCGGCAGCGACGGCAGUAACAGCGGCCGCUCGAGCGGGGACACCAGCGGGGCGGUGACCGUGUGGGAGGUGGUCUCACUCUUGGGGAAACUGCUAGGGACCGUCGCCGCGCUGAAGGUGGUUCUGUACCUGCUCCGGGUGUGCUUCGCGAUGGCCUGGAAAUCCGGCGGCGCCAGCCACUCGGAGCUAAUCCACAACCUCCGCAAGAAUGGAAUCAUCAAGACAGAUAAAGUCUUUGAGGUGAUGCUGGCUACGGACCGCUCCCACUAUGCAAAAUCCAACCCGUACAUGGACUCUCCACAGUCAAUAGGUUUCCAGGCAACAAUCAGUGCCCCUCACAUGCAUGCAUAUGCACUAGAACUUCUGUUUGACCAGUUGCAUGAAGGUGCUAAAGCCCUUGACGUAGGAUCUGGAAGUGGAAUCCUCACUGCGUGUUUUGCACGGAUGGUUGGACAUAGUGGAAAAGUCAUCGGAAUUGAUCACAUUAAAGAACUAGUAGAUGACUCAAUAACUAAUGUCAAAAAGGAUGAACCGAUGCUUCUGUCCUCGGGACGGGUGCGGCUGGUUGUGGGUGAUGGAAGAAUGGGAUUCGCUGAAGAAGCCCCUUACGAUGCUAUCCAUGUGGGAGCUGCAGCCCCAGUUGUGCCUCAGGCAUUAAUAGACCAGUUGAAGCCUGGUGGAAGAUUGAUAUUGCCAGUCGGUCCUGCUGGAGGAAACCAAAUGCUGGAGCAGUAUGACAAGCUACAAGAUGGCAGUGUCAAAAUGAAGCCUCUGAUGGGGGUGAUAUACGUGCCUUUAACAGAUAAAGAAAAGCAGUGGUCCAGGUGGAAGUGAUUUUCUCUUCUGCUCUUUCUUCCUCCACACGUUCAAGGGAUGAACUGUGACAGCAACGUGAGCUUGACCAGUCCAGAGCACUGCAGUGGGCUGUUCAUCUCAGUUCUUCAAGCAUUUGAAACCAACAGCAUCACCAGUCUUAGAACACCGCAGUGGGCCGCUCGCCUUGGCCCUUAAAGCAUUUGAAACCAACAGCAUCACAGCUUGUUUUGGACUUUGUUACACUCUUACUUUCAGCAUGAAAACGUGUGGUUUUGUAGGGUUUCCUAAUUUUAAAUGGCGUGGAGCCAAUGAUAGAGGACGGCUGCAGAGCCUUCAUUGCGUGUGUUGUUUUAACGUGCCCACAUUUCACUUUAAAAAAUAUUAAAAGAAAGGGUUCUCCAACUGGAAAAGCUUGGCUUGUGAAUUAGUUUUGAAGAGUGGCUUUGCUUUCUUUGGACUCUUAAUUCUGUUCCAAUAUUAAUUUAUCAUAUUUCUUUUGUGCAUCAGAUAACACCACACUCACAAGUUUAGCUUCCUUGGUAGCUGAUGUCUGUUAGAUGCUACUAAGAAAACAGAGAUGAGCUUUCUUCUUCAAAGCCUUAGAUGUGUCGUCGUAGGAUAGCAUGACACAGAUACAAUCAGCUGCUGUUACCUUACAACUAGGUGUUUGUAAAUACUGAAACUUAAAACGACACAGGUGGUGUCCUCAAAACAGUCAGCUGUUCUGAUUGGACAUCUCUGAUGUAAUUUUCCUCUCUCUAAAAAUGCUAGGAGGCUUGUAGCUCAAUAUCGUUUAUCUGUUUCUAGUUUGCUGCUGGUAAUGUAUCCACAGCUAACACUGUGUAAGCUGUUGUGUCUUUGCACAGUUUAUGCAGCGCUGCUUUGCCAAAUAAAAUUAAAAGCAAAAGAAGCAUUGGUGGCCUUUGAAUCUAGAAGAACACAGGUCUACUAGGUCCAGAUGCUGCCCACAGCCAUUGUAUUCCCCUGCUGUGUCUUGUGAUACCCUAGGAGGUAAAUAUGCCUAACAGCAUUGUGUGGCUGCUUUUCUUCAGGAUGGAGACUGUGUGUUCAUUGUUUCUUUCUGCCUUCCUAGUGCAGGGAUUGCUAUUUAGUAGUUCUGUAGUAAAUGCUCAGCGAGUGAGUGGGCGAAUGUAGUAUCGGUGAAGAAUGUGGUUGAGAAUAAACACUCUGAAAUCCAGGGCUCAUCUAUAAAUAGAUUCACUAAUAACUGUAAAACGUCUGUGAAGGCAGGGGCACUUUGAAGAGCUUAUUUAAAUAUGGUUUUAUAUUUUCUAAUAAGACUUUAGUUUCUGUGAAGUUUCUAGAACUUGAGAGAAGACUACACGCUCCCUGUAAUGGGAUUAAGUAGAGCCACGCCCUCUCUCUGUGUAAGGGUGCAUGGUUCUGACAGGAAGAUUCCUAGUGCAUGAAAGCCCCCGCCCACUCUUCACGUCUUAAAUUACUGAUGUAAAAAGUCAUGCAGACAUCACCUGACAAGUGUCUCUUCUUGGCUUAGGUCUCAGUCCCAGGAAACUAGCAUUACCGUGGUCCCGCAGACUUGAAAACCUUAACCAGCUUUGAUCUGCUGCUGGUUGAUGCUUUGGAAUCCUGUCCAGGACCUCUGGAGUCCAGGAUGCAUGGUCAUUUGAGGUCUGUGUAAAGUCAAAUAACGCUCAUUCAGGCUUUAAAGCAAAUGAAUUCUUAAACUUAUCCACCAGUCUCUAUCCUUGGUAGUCAGUGCACAUUCCCACAUGCAGAGCUCAGAACAGAGGAAGGCGCUUCCACUGUAGUUUGGAGGCCAGUGGAGGAGACAGCAGAUAAAUAGGCACCGAAAACCCCGCCCAACUUGUACAGAAACUCUGUGCCCAAGUGUUGCUCCUAGACUAUACUUUUAGGAGGUGAAACUUUAGGAUGUUGAAUGAACAGCCAGUUUUAACAGCAUCACUAAGUGGGUAGAGAUAGAAAUAAUGGUUUCAAUGAGGUUAAAAGAGUUGGAUUUAUAUAUGUGUAUAAGAUAGGUAAGAAAUGCCCGAUUAUCAGUGUACACAAUUUCCAAAGCAUUUUAUUUUCCUUAUAGAAAGCACAUCUGCAUAUAAAUAAUGUAAAGGGCAGUGAAGAUACUUUGAGACAUUCUAGGUAGUGUGAUCUUGUGAAUAUAGACUUUUCCCUAUAGAUUUCAUCUUCCUAAAACCUAAAUCUAUAUCAGACUUGGGUAGCAGUAAGCUUCUGUCAGGGUGGAGUUUCUGUAAAGGGCUGCUCCUCUUUCCAAGCCUGGAACAGUACAAAUCAGCAACUGGGGAAAAUAAUUUACGAGUUCUGGCCACACAAAUACAUAAGACUCCAUUCUCCUUGUAGCUGCCAUGGUUUUUUUGUUUGUUUAUUUGUGGGAGGUGUGGGGGACAGGUGUGGGGGAUGGCUCAGGAGGUAAAGAGGCUUGUCACCAAACCUGAAGACCUGAGUUUCAACUCCCGACCCACAGGGUAGAAGGACAGUGACACCUGCAGAUUGUUCUCUGACCUUCAGGCGUGGUAGUGCUUGCCUGAAACCCCAGCACUUGGAAGCAGGGAGGGUCAGAGGUCAUCCUUGGCUACAUAGCAAGUUUGCAGCCAAUCUGGACUCCAUGAGACCCUUCCUUAAAAGAGAAGAGAAAGGAAAGAAAAGAAAGGAAAGGAAGGAAAAGGAAAAGAAAGGAAAAAGGAAAGGAAAGAAAAAAAGAAAGGAAAGAAAAAAAGAAAAGACAGUUCCUACAGUGCAUCUCUUUACUAAAACAUCUUAAACACUGAGUGGAUUCUAAAAUAGAGUAACUCUUUAGAAAUAGUAACUUUGUAAACUCUUCAAGCUAUUCUUGAGGUGAUUCCUCAGUUUGUAAGGCCUUUUCUCUUUCUAGAAGUGGUCGAUUUUUCUAGUUUCUGAUAGUGAACUGUAGCACCAAAGGAGGUCAUGGCAGCAUGCUGCGUGCCAGCAGCAGGCACGGCUCAUUCUAAAACCUAAAACCGUUGUGGAACUCAACAGGCGAUAGCUUACUCUAGGUAAGCACUUAAACUCAUGUAGCAUACAAAUCAUUGCUUACCGCUUACUGUGUUCCAAAUGACUUCAUAGCUUAAUGUGUUCUGUGGUGGAGACAGGCCCUGACUGGACUUGAGUCGCAUCUCUGGAUGCCUACCAUUUUUCAGAAAGAUGGUAGUGUUUUUCCCUUAGCAUACUGAAAGGUUCUCAGUAAAAGGACGCAUUUGAAACGGGUGCUGUUCCAGGAAGCCUGUGACUGUGCAUUGUAAUAUAAUAAAAUGGAAACAAAGUUUAA